AUGCCGCUACGCAUCUCGCGCAUUUGCCUGGCGCAAGUAACCGUUAACUCCCCCGUCCCAUUCCUCUACCAGACCCGGACACUCGCUGCACCGCUGAGCUAUGCAAAAUGGAAUGCCCGACAGAGCCGAUCAUUUCAGUCAACAUCGACUACGUUCACACCACCCGAAUCAAGCCUAGGUAGUGGCGAAGAGUCUGUUCAUGAUAGGGAGAGCCCUGAAAAUGGGACACCUCCCUUGAAAUCCGAUUCUUCCUCCCAGGCCCCGAGCAACGAUGGCCGUCGAUCCCGGAAAAGUUACCUGAAGAAGCGCGGCGCCACGGUCUCACAAUCUCGGACACCACCGACACCACCCUCCUCACGACCACCAAAAAAGCCACUCACGAUGACAGAGAGCGAGAAGAGGGCGUUUGGUGGUCUGCUGGAGCAGAUGGGUGUGGAGGAGAAGGAUGACCCGGAGGCGGCUACAGAAGAAACGGUGAAGCCGGCGCUGAGCAAAGACGAGAUGUCUAAGAUCUCCGAUAUCUUCAACUCUGUGCUUGAGGACCUCCGGAAGAAAAAGGGGGGUUCUGAAGCUUCGACGGAAGGUGCCGCAAAACGCAAGUCCCGGAGGAAGGUAGAUGAGCCCGCGUCCACUUCGAAGCCGGGGCCUCAGGAGCAAGCGGGUGACUCUAAUCCUCCAGAGUCGCGCAGUGAUGUUCCUCGCUCUGCCGAGCUGGCUAUUCAAUUCACCGUGCAAAGGGAGUCGGCGAAGAUCGAGCGCGCGCUCCGUGCGGCGAUUGACGAGGGCAAAGGGGAUACUGGGAUCUGGGAAGUGUGCAAAGAGAGAGUAUUUUCGAUGCUACGAUAUCUCGGAGAUAGCCGGGUCCCGGAAGACAAUGGCACGUCGCCGACAAGCUCAGGGGGCAAGCCAACACCCCACAGCCCUCUGGAGGUUCCUGAAUCCGUGUCCGUGGAAGCAGUGGUCACAGAACUCUACCCGAAGAUGCUCCUCGUGGCAUUCCGUCUUCUAAACUCGCAUUUCCCCGGCUCGCCCUUGAUCGGUCAGUUCCGCUCGACGAUCAGGUCGCAUGGCAGGACCUCAGCGGUGCUGGGGAGUUCGACGGGUCUAUAUAACGAGCUGAUCUACUUCUACUGGCGCGGGUGCAGUGAUCUCCCUAGUGUUGUGUCGUUGCUGAAGGAAAUGGAGACUACAGGGGUGGAGCCGGAUGAGCGAACCUGCGGGCUGCUCAAGGCUAUCGCCGAUCAGCGGGAGCGGGACCUCAAAAGUCAUCGGAAACAGGUGCGUCGCGAGGAUCAAAAUCGGGGUUCGCUCCGUGAUCCGUGGUGGGAUAUGGCGCCCAAUCGCACAGCUGUGAAGGAGUUGUUUGGGGAGAAUGGGUGGUUGCCGCGACUGGAGAAGCGUGUGGAGGAGAUUCGAAACCUACAGAGCUCGACGAGAUUGCUUGCAGAUAGGCUUAAUAUGUAG